AUCUUAACCAACACAAAAGUUUUGUAUUUUGUACAUUCUAUUCUUUGCUCAUCACCAAAUGGAAUGGACAAGAGGCUGCACCAUUGGCCAAGGCUCAUCAGCCACCGUCUCCUUAGCCACUUCUUGCCGCUCCGGUGACAAGUUUGCCGUCAAGUCCGCUGAAAUGUUCCAUUCCGAGUUCUUGCAAAGGGAGCAGAAAAUUUUCUCUGUUUUGAGCAGUCCACAUAUAGUAAGCUACAUGGGGCAUGACAUUACUAGUGAGAACAACAAGCUCGUGUACAAUCUUCUCAUGGAGUACAUGCCCGGCGGCACGAUCAUCGAUGCAAUUCACAGCAGUGGAGGCCUAGUUGACGAAUCAAUAAUCAGAAACUACACGAGGGGAAUGGUGAAAGGGCUAGACUACUUGCAUUCACUUGGGUUGGUACAUUGUGACAUAAAAGGCAGGAACAUCUUGGUUGGUGAAAACGGUCCAAAAAUUGCAGAUUUUGGAUGUGCUAGGUGGGCUAAUCCGGCAGGAGCUUCCGUCGCCACAAUUGGCGGCACGCCAAUGUUUAUGGCGCCGGAGGUGGCACGCGGAGAAGAGCAGGGGUUCGCGUGCGAUGUAUGGGCUCUCGGGUGUACAAUUAUCGAAAUGGCUACCGGAGGAUCAGCACCGUGGCCUAAUGCAGCUGACCCAGUAACUGUUCUUUAUCAAAUUGCAUACUCUAAUGAGUUGCCUGAGAUUCCAAGCUUCCUCUCAGAUCAAGCAAAGCACUUUUUGGAAAAGUGCUUACGGAGGGACCCAACGGAGCGUUGGACGGCUAGUCAGCUUCUAAAGCAUUCAUUUCUUGGGGAGGAAGAAGAAGAAAAAGUUUUAAUUAGUUUUUCUAGCAGUACAAAACAAGUUCAAGGAUCCACUUCAUUUUCUCCAACAAGUAUUCUCGAUCAAGAUAUAUGGAAUUCUUUUGGGGAAUCAGAGACUUCGGGCAGCCUUGAUCGAAACCCGAGUUUCGAAAACUCCUCCGAUGAUCAGAGGAUCAGGCGGCUGUCAUUGUUUUCGGGGGACCCCGGGUGGAGUUGGGAUGAUGAAACUUGGAUCACUGUUAGAGGGAAUGAUUGUGAUGAAAGCAACAGUAUCGCGGAUGAUGAUGAAGCUGUAGGUAGUGAGGAGGAUUUGGAUUUAAAUUUCUUAGAUUGCAAUAAUCUUAGUUGUAGAAUUAAUGUGGAUAUUUUAGAGGCCUGCAAAAAUGGUAGGAGAAAUAGUAGUAGUGUAGGUUUGAGCAAUCUCCUUCUUGAGAGGGACAGACUCGACAGCGACAAUUUGUUGCUUCCUUCAGUUUCAAGCUUUUGGUAAUCAUAAAAAUCUUUAUUUUUCUGUC